CAACUGGACAUUUAAAUAGCGAUCAGGGGCUGUCAGCUAAUGAGAAUCGGCUCUGUUCCUCAAACAGCGCGUCUUUUGGACAUACCAAAAUGGAUCCAGAGUUAGUGCAAGAAGCUUGUAAGGAAGAAGAGAAGAUACUUCCUGCAGCAGUCCGAGCCAAGAUAGAGCGCAAUAGGCAAAGAGCACUUAUGCUGAGACAGGCCAGGCUGGCCUGCCGGCCCUAUCCCACUGGUGAAGGUAUUUCUACAGUUAAAGCACUGCCAAAGGUAAUUGAUUCAGGGGGAGGAUUUUUUAUUGAAGAGGAGGAUGCGGAGGAGCAACAUGUUGAAAAUGUGGUUCAUCAACCUGGACCUGUUUUGGAAUGUGAUUAUCUAAUUUGUGAGGAGUGCGGCAAAGAUUUUAUGGAUUCCUACUUAAGCAAUCACUUUGAUCUAGCAGUCUGCGACAGUUGCAGAGAUGCAGAAGAAAAGCACAAACUAAUAACACGUACUGAAGCCAAGCAAGAGUAUCUACUGAAAGACUGUGACAUUGACAGAAGGGAACCAGUUCUAAAAUUCAUAUUAAAGAAAAACCCUCACAACUCUAACUGGGGAGACAUGAAACUUUACCUUAAAACACAGGUUAUUAAACGUUCACUAGAAGUAUGGGGCUCUGAAGAAGCUCUUGAAGAAGCAAAGGAAGUCCGAAAAGAUAACAGAGAUAAGAUGAAACAAAAGAAGUUUGAUAAAAAGGUUAAAGAAUUACGUCGUGCUGUGAGAAGUAGUUUAUGGAAAAAAGAAGCCAGUGGCCACCAGCAUGAGUAUGGGCCAGAAGAGCAUGUAGAGGAAGAUUCAUACAAAAAGACAUGCAUAACAUGUGGCUAUGAAAUGAACUAUGAAAAAAUGUAAUAUUUAUAUUUUGUAAUAAAAUAUGGAACUGCA